UAUGGCGAAGCGUCUCUUACAGUUGGUUACACGGUAGUAUUCGCUACCUUUUUUCAUUUCCCUCUAAAUCAAAAUCCAUGGCAAAUCCAUGGAUUCGAACAACCUGAAGUACACCCUUCUCCUGUUCUGUGUUGUAGUCGGACAGUUCAGGGAAUCGCUGGCUGUUGGCUGUUUUUCUGGGGCAGACUGUGAUGUUGGCGAAUACUGCAACCAUGCCUUUCGAUGUCAAAGGGAAAUAAUUUUUGACUCAGAUUACCCAUCCUACCACAGACAACAGUCACGAGAAAGAGUCCAUAAUUUUAAUGAUUAUCCACAAAGCUUCGAUGACAGAAGAGAGGUUGCAGCAGGUCAGGAGGAUGACUCAGAAUGGAUGGAUGAAUAUGAGUACAAACUUGAAAAAGGGGAGAGAAAUUUGAGACUUAAUGUACCUUUAGCAAACAAUGAUGAUCACCACAAUAGAAGAAUUUUUCAUGAAGACCAUGGGCCUUUACCACCAGAGGUCCCUGUGAAUUGGGACAAGAUCAACAGCAAAAAUGGGGGAAACUUUAGAUCAGAUAAGAGACAUCAAAAGACUGCUGAUUAUGACAGUUAUGAUAAUUUCAAAGCAAGGAGACUUAUACGACAUAGACAAGAUUCCAGUAGUGACACUGUAGGAAGUAGACAUGAUAUUAAAGAUUCCUCCCAAGGAAAUGCCAAACCUAAUAUAGGAAGGUCAUCCAAGAAAAGCUCUGUUUUCAACUCAGAGGGAAACAGUGGAGUGAGGUCUGAGGAGAAAUCAGAGGAUGCAAAUUCUUAUAUUGGUGAAAAGAAGGUAUCACAUGUACCCCUCGCAACUGGGAUGGAUUCAAUAAUGGCAGACAAUUCCCAUCUCCAAGGGAACCAGUUACAGACAGAAAAAGCGGCUUUUACAGAAGAGGCAGCAGCAGCAGACACCAAGGUUGGUGCAGGAAAGGUCAUGGUGAAGGGAAAAGUCCAACAAGUCAAAGCUGACAUUGAUCAGGGGCCAAAUCCAGAGAAGACUUACAAGCGAGUGGAAGAUUUCUUUCAGUCUCAGAGAGAAAGCUCUAUUGUUGAAGUUCCAAAUUCUGUCAAAAAAGAAGAGGCUUCAAAGUUGUUCAAGGACAACUUUAUACCUGUAAAAGAAGAUGGUAGUGACCAGAUAAACAAGGAGCAAGAUGAUUCCCCUUUGCACAAGGAUGGAGAAAUAAAGCUGUCUCUGAACAGAAAAGUUGAAGAUUCCAAUGUCCAUGUAAAGAUGGCACAGACAAAGUACACACUUGAAAAACCCGAGGAUGUUGCAGAAAGGAUUAAAAAAGAGCCCAGUGUUAAGAGUGAUGUUGCCCAGAACAGUGGGUUAGAGAUUGUUUCAGCUGAUUUUGAAGAUGCCUCGAACAAGGAUGUGAAGGGACAACCUCAGAGGUCUGUGGAAACUCAGCAACCAAAGUAUUUCCUUAUAACGAUCAUUGUUGUGGGCUGUGUGACUGGAGUGAUUCUGACAGCAGUUGCAAUUUAUCUCAUAAUGAGAAGGCAUAAUGAAGCUAACUUCAAACCAGUCACUCUUCCUGGCCAAGAAGCAGCUGCUGAUUACCAGGAACUGUGUCGUCAACUGCGAGCAACACAAGGGUGGGACAGUACACCAGCAAAGACCACACAUUUACAGCAUGGGGAAAAGGAGAAAGGACUGGGAAGUGGAAGAGCACCUAAAUACUCCUGGAGUGAAGAGCCUGUUGUACCCAACAUGGACAUUUCUACUGGACAUGUUGUUUUGUCCUACAUGGAGGACCAUCUUAAAAACAAAGAUAGGCUGAAUAAAGAAUGGGAGGCGUUGAAAACAUAUGAAGCUGAGCCUAACAGCAGGGAAGUUGGAAAGCUGGAGAAGAAUGCAAGAAAGAACCGUUACAGUGAUGUUUUGCCCUAUGACCAUAACAGAGUUCUACUAAAAGAGACAGCAAGUGCCACAGGGUCAGAUUACAUCAAUGCAAGUUAUAUUACGGACCAUGAUCCCAAGAAUCCUACCUAUAUUGCAACCCAGGGACCUGUGGCUCACACUGUAUCAGACUUCUGGCAGAUGGUGUGGGAACAAGGUGUUGUUGUCAUUGUUAACCUGACAAAACUUUCAGAUCUUGGACUGCCUCAAUGUCACAGAUAUUGGCCUGAAGAGCAGCAACCAAUUGUAACCUAUCGCAUUUAUGAGGUUCACCUUGUCUCUGAACAUAUAUGGUGUGAAGAUUACUUAGUACGAAGUUUCUACUUGAAAAACCUAAAGACUAGUGAAACAAGAACAGUCACCCAAUUUCAUUUCCUUACUUGGCCUGAUCUUAAUGUUCCUUCAACACCAAAGCCUCUUCUGGAAUUCAGAAGGAAAGUGAACAAAUGCUUCAGAGGCCGAGCCUCUCCUGUCAUUGUACACUGCAGUGGAGGAGUUGGAAGGACUGGAACCUACAUACUGAUCGAUAUGGUGCUGAACAAGAUGAUGAGAGGAGCCAAAGAAAUUGACAUUGCAGCCACUGUAGAGCAUCUCCGUGACCAACGCCCUUCCAUGGUUAAAACUAAGGCUCAGUUUGAAUUUGCCUUGACAGCUGUUGCAGAAGAGGUGAAUGCAAUCUUACAAGCUCUUGCCAAGUGAUAAUCAGUGACUGGAAAAAGAAGUAUUAUAUCAAUUUAAUUUAGUAAUUUGGGAAUUUCACUCUGUUGAGUUAGGUCUAAAAAGGCCAGGCAACUACUUUUUGUGAAUUUGGUGAUGAGCUGUUUGUUUUGACCAAAAAAUUUCUUCAGAUCUUUGUUUAUAUGAUUUUUAUGACUGAAAAAAGGUGAAAGGUAUCAUUUUAGUGAUAACAAAUUUUGUUGACCCAGAAAGUACGAAUUUUUUCAUGUUUUGAGGCAGAGCCCUAUUAACUCCUAAAAAGAGUUACUACUGAGAUCUUGGGAGUUAAAGGGUCAAGAAAAAAAGAAAAAUUAAGUUAUUCUUUCCUUUAAGUUUUCAUUUUGAAAAAUGAGAAGAGCUUUUUGAAUAUGUUUUCAGUCAUCUUUCUGUAUGAAAGUGGAUCUGUUUUGCUCAGGAAAGAUGUAGAAGUGGGAGAGUUUUGUUUUACGUUCUCUCCUAAGUCUUUUCAUUUUAAUAGGAAAGAAUGACUUACGUAUGGAGGGAUUUAUUCCAAUGUAAUUUAGUUCUGGUUGUAGAUAUUCCUUAGUUUGCAAGAUAUUUAUCUGAAAAGAAAGAGAGUGUAUGCCCCGAGGGUUUUAUCGGUGUUUCUCCAAAGUGGAUUAGAAAAGAAUCCAAUGGGGAGAAAACUUUUUCUUUUUGCAGAGGUACUUCUUAAUACGUUCUGCUCACAAAUGUACCUCUGUCAACUUUGAAGGAAUGAAUUUAUCUUUGUGUGAUAACACAAAAAAUAUAUAUUGAUUUGUGAAUUAAUUGUUUUGCAUGAUGAUGUGACAUAGAAUUCUUUCUUUGUGGGUAAUUAGAAACCAGAUUUGUGUUGAAGAAUUCUUAAUAACAAUUCGUUUUAACUCAAGAAUGCGAGGCAAUCUACUUUUGGUUGACAUUUCCAUCCUAUUUCUGGAGUGGAUAAAGAUUGAUUGGACCAUCAAAGGGCUUAAUGAAGGUUUUACACAUUUUGAAGAAAUUUAGUUGUUGAUCAAGAAAAUACUCGAUAGUUAGUAUGAAUAGAUUUGAAUUUCUAAUUUACUGGAAAUUUUUAGGCGAUUCCUUCGCCUCAGAGAUAUAAUUUUAUGUCACAAUAUCACAAAGUAAGGGGAACUGUAUUCAUUUGAGAUGUUUCAGGUGCUUAACCACAGCAGUAAAGUAAUCUUUUUACUGACGUUGAUCGUUAUUUUCCAAUGUUUUCUGUAUUAUAAUUUUUACUCUUAAAUAACCCAUAGAAAACGUUGGAAUGGAGAUAUGACAGGAGUCUUAGGGACAUUGAAGUAAUAACCAAAGAAAAAACUAGAGAAUAGCUAUUAGUUUUAGGGAGAGAGGUUGAGAAAUUCUUCAUGUUUCUUAGACACCUGGGGGAGGGGGGCUCAUUUGUUUGACACUGGAAAACAAUUUUUCUGUGGGUUUUUUUUCUAAGGAAAGUCAAAACAUGCCUCUGGUGUUCUUGUAGAACUCUUCCAAAACUUUUGUUUUGUCAGAAAUGAUGAGACUUCGAUCUUGCUAAAGUGGUACAUAUAUGGACCAAAAUCUUUAUUCUUAUCUUCGUGAACUUAGCUUCUCUCGUACUCAGAUAAGUGUUGGUGCAAUUUUACAGGAUCACGGAAGAUGUUUUGCCUUUCCAAAAUACAAUCGCAACAUCAGAAAGAGAUAUAUAACCACCAAAGAAUGAUAUAUGCCAAAUAUGAAAAACGUUCUGAAAUUCAAACCGCUUAACCUCGUUUCCCGUAACACUAGAUGUAUAAAAGUUACAAAAGGACGAUAUUAUUUUUAUUUAUAUUUUUUGAGAAUGACUCAGGGAAUUAUUAGUUUGGUAUUCUGCGUAAUGUAAUGUAAUGUUCCCGCUAUGGGACAAUAUUAAGUGGCGUAACAGUUAAACUUAUAUAGGGAUAUCAUUUAUGCACUGUUCAGCUUACAAAUGUUUCUUCACGUCACGUCAGGUAAUAAGUUAGUGAUGGGCAUUUCGAUUAAGUGUCGUUAAAUCAAAAUAAUCAGGACAGCCAAUCAGAAUGUAUGAAUUAUUGCGAGGAGCUAGUGGAAACUCGUAGCUGGUUCAAGCGCGGGAAACGCGGGUGACCAAGUGGCUGUUGGUUUUAGUUUUGACUUUGAUUGGUUGGGAGCAUGGCAUGAUUUUUCUCCAAUCAAAGAACGCGGAGAAGCAAAAUACAAUACAAUCUUAAUGCAGUCGCAGGGUAUUCUUCACAUUCACUACAUUUCCUGACUUGGAUGUAAAACUAUGUUAAAUCAGCAUUCUGAUACCUGUUGUCUAAAAGACGUCCAGUUUAUGAAAAUUACUUUAAAUCCUCAUUGAAAUUGAUGGUUAGGUCCUAAGGGUUCCUCUGUCGGUCCGUUUUCCGCACACGAGUGCGUGAGUUGCACCGACUGCGGUGAAGAUGCAGAGGAAUUUGAAUCUUAAUAAGUUGUGUCUACAUCAAUCUCUCUGGGAACGAUUAAAUAAAAUUGAACUUUACUGAACUAA